GAAGGGAAAGGAAGAACUUCGACAGAUCAUUCUCGCAAACAUCACAAUCCUGGACAGCAAGCCAUUGGCAUUUCUUUGCCAACAACUAUCGCCGCCGAUCACCCGUACCAUCAACAUAAAGGAAGAUGUCGGAAGAGACGAAGGAAGGGGCGAAGAAGGAGACGACUUCGGGGUUCAAGGAUGUCUCUGAGUUUGGGGAUCAAGUCCACGAGUCCUCUCAUCCGGUUCUGCUGCAUAAGAUCACGAUCCUGAGAUCCUCGUCGACCGUCCCCUCCGCUUUUCGAGCCGUUUUGCGAGAAGUUACCUACCAUUUGGCGUACGAAGCAACGAGUUCUUUGACCACCAGACCCGUCGCCAUCACUGUUCCCAUGGGGCACGAGCAUGUCGAAGCAUCAGGACAGAAACUGGUCGAGCGUGUUUCCCUCAUUCCAAUUUUGCGCUCCGGGUUGGGAAUGGUUGAUCCAUUGCUGGAACUACUGCCCAAUGCUGCAGUCCAUCAUAUUGGAAUGUACCACAUCUCUGGCCAACAGCCGGUCCAAUAUUUUAACCGUCUUCCCAAGCAACAUGAAUGCGACAUUGCCUAUGUCCUUGAUCCAGUGGUGGCAACCGCGGCCACCAUCAUGUCGGUGAUAGCCAUCCUCAAGAAGUGGGGAGUCAACAGGAUUCAUGUAUUGACUGUCAUUGCUGCCAAGGGAGGUUUGAAGACUAUUUUGGAUGCUCACCCUGAUGUUCACAUAACCGUUGGAACCAUUGAUGACAAGUUGUCUGACAAAGGCAAGGUGCUCCCUGGUUUGGGUGAUUCUGGGGAUAGACAAUUCCACACCCCUUUGAUUGACGAUGAAGAAGCUCUUUUGCACCCUUCCAAGCGAAAGCGCUCGGUUGACUUGUGAGAAGUCUCCGUUGCAACAUCGUCUGUGGUAUCUGGUUUUGGCUAUCUAUCAACUUUAUAUUUUACAAUACCUGCAGUUAGAACUGAUCAUAACAAUCUAAGUUGUCGACCAGCCACUGU